AUGUGGGCUCCCAAGCAAGCUGGCGAGGAGGGAGGCUAUGACAAAGAUGAGUUUGUGUUGGCUCCCCAGCAAGCUGGUGAUGGCAACUUGGAUGAUGACGCACUAGAUGAUAGUUUGAUUGUUGAACCUGAAUGGGAGCCUCCAGUCGAGGAGCGAGAAGACCAUGGCAGCAUGGACGACCCAGUCACUGCUGAAGACUUGGCCGAUGAAGCAGACCAGGAACAUCAGCACCGUGCUCACAAUAACAUUCAAGCACGUGCACAAGGGCAAUGCGGAUGUACAGUUGUGCCGUACCCAGAUCCAUGCGCUGGUCAAAGAAUAGCCAAUCAAGCCAACUGUCAUGCUGCUAAUGUGGAAUAUGAAGCACAUUUUGUUGAUGUGGAGAAGGAGAACCUGUACCAUCCUUUUUCUUCUAAGAUGGAUUGGGAGGUUGUGAGAUGGGCAAAACUUUGUGGACUGAGUUUGACAGCAUUUUCGGACUUGCUUGCAAUUGACGGGGUCAGUGAAUGCUUAGCACUCUCCUUCAAGAAUGCCAAUGAGCUGAACUCAAUUAUCGACCAUGAGCUCCCAACCAGCCGCCCGAAGUUCAAACGGGAGCAGAUCAUUGUUGCUGGAGAAGCCUUUGAUGUCUAUUACCACAACGUGAUUGAGUGUGUCAGGUCAUUGUAUAGUGAUCCUGACUUUGCACAAUAUCUUGCAUUUGCCCCCGAGCGGCACUAUGCUGAUGAGGAUGAGACUAUUUGUCUCUUUCAUGAUAUGCAUACCAGAAAAUGGUGGUGGGGCACACAGAAAAAACUUGAUCAGCACUGUCCGGGUGGGACCAUCAUUCCCAUCAUUAUCUUGUCGGACAAAACACAAGUAACCUUGUUCCGCAAUAAAUCUGUCUAUCCCGUCUAUCUCACCAUUGGCAACAUCCCAAAAGAAAUCCGAUGCAAGCUGUCAUGCGGGGCCCAUAUACUUCUGGCAUAUUUACCAUCCACACGGCUCGAACAUAUCACCAACAAAGCUUCACACCGGCGAACUAUGGCAAACUUAUAUCAUGCAUGCUUGAGCCGUGUUCUCGCUCCGCUGAAAUCUGUUGGACUAGAUGGACUUCAUAUGGCUAGUGGGGAUGGCACUCUCCGCCGUUGUCAUCUAUUAUUUGCCAGCUUCAUUGGUGACUAUCCAGAGCAGCUCCUUGCUACUGGGAUCAAGUUCGGAGAGUGUCUGAAAUGCGAUAUUGAUGCUGAUGAAAUGGGUAGCAAUACAGCACCUGAGGUGCUUGAUGCCCUCGCUACUCUCGAUGAAGGGAAUCUAUCCUUUGUUCAUGCUUGCUUGGCAGUAGGCAUCAAGCCUAUUGUCCAUCCUUUCUGGGAAGAUCUCCCAUUCGCCAAUAUUUUCCGCGCUAUCACUCCAGACAUUUUGCACCAAUUAUAUCAAGGCUUGGUCAAACAUCUGUUAGGAUGGUUGUCAGCUGCUUGUGGGGCAGCAGAGAUUGAUGCUCAUUGUCGGCGACUUCCACUGAACCAUCAUAUCUGUCUGUUCAGCAAGGGCAUCACUGGCUUGUCACGUAUAAGCGGGACCGAACAUGCACAAAUCUGUCGCUUCCUCCUCAGUAUCGUGAUUGGCAUUCGACUACCCAAUAAUCUAAAUGGAAGCCGGCUUCUACGAGCAGUGCAGGGUCUACUCGACUUCCUCUAUCUUGCACAAUAUCCGUGCCAUAGCUCAGAGACCCUGCAGCUACUGAUCGACUAUACUGAACGGCUUCACAUUGAUUAUGCAAAGGACGCUUACUGUGCCACAAAUCAUAAAGAUGAAUUUGAGAAGAUUUUACACCACAAGAAGUACGUCAAUUGGCGACUUACUGGUGAUCACUGCUCGGAGCCAUACCAUUUGCGUCCCCCCGAUAUGACUUUCCGUCGGCUUCAAACUAUGACGAAGCACCCUAGUGCAAAGGCUGUCAGUAUAGAUAAGCUGGUUGAAGACUACGGGGCUACCUAUUUUCGCGAAGCACUCGCACGCUAUAUCGUACAACUCAACCAUGCCAAUGAUCCUAUCACCCUCAGUGGUCAAGCACUCGAUGUGUUGGCACUCGAUAUUAAGUGGCUCUCAGUAGACGCUCGUCGUCACGGGGAUGCAACAGUCACAUUGGACUCUGUACAUGCCAGACCACAACGGAACUCAGGUUCUCAGAGUCCACUGGCUCGCCGUUCAGAUACGGCUCUUGUGGGCCUUGGUCCAGACACAAAUGAUGUCGUUAGCGCCGGUACCGAAGGUUUCCGUGUUGGGCAAGUACGAGCUAUCUUCGCGUUACCAUCAAAAUCAAUACCGCUCCUCUUUCCGCCAACAAUCUGGGUUCCCAACCACCUAGCUUAUAUUGAAUGGUUCACACCAUUCCCGCCUGCUCCUGAUCGACACCAUGGACUUUACAAGCUCUCGCGAUCCCUGCAUGGUGGUGAAAAAGUGGCAAGUGUUGUCCCAGUGGCGAACAUUGUUCGUAGUGUCCAUCUCAUACCGGAUUUUGGUGCUGUCGUCCCACGAGAGUGGACAAGUGAUACUGUUCUAGAUGAUUGUCAUACUUUUUGGCUGAACUUGUAUUUAGAUAGAUAUACUUUUUGUAUCUUCAAAUAA